GGAACGAUUUGGACGCAGUUUCAGACCCUAGGAAAAAUCGCGCGUUCGGUGCUGGCUCAGUAUUUAUCUAGCACAGGACAACCAACCAGCCAACCAACCAGCCAACCAGCCAGCUGUUGGGAAGCUCCAUUGCACUUCAUCGCCAUCAUCAGCAUCAUCAUCACCGCUUGGAAGAUCUGGUGUUUAUGUACAGCCGUGGGUGGCUUUUCAGUGUGCGUUCAAAUGUGUGAAAGUCUGUAAUUGAUUCACCUGCCCCGUCAGCAGUUCGUGUCACCACUGCUGUCCCAGUCGGUGUCGAAGGAAUUUCGGGCUGAAUGAAAACUGAAAAAGCAGACUAUCGAAACAUAGAGUAUAUACAGAUCCUUGGAAGAUAGGCACGUGAAUAAUCUGGUUUGAAGUGUACCGUUUUGCUUACAAGGUGAUUUGCAUGGAAAUUUUGUUUUAGUAAGUUAGAUAUAAAAGCAGAAGAUUGCGGUAAGGUAGUUGAUGAGAAAAAAAAAUUCGGAUCCUGACCGUGAGGUGAGUGUGCAGUGUCCACAAAAGUGUAUCACUAGGCAUAUAAAAAAUCCAAUUCAACAUUUGUUUGCCCGUAAGGAUUAAAGUUCUGUUUACUGAGCAAGCAACUUCGAUGUUUUGAAUCUCAACGUGUUCAUUCCGGAAUCUGUGCCAAGCCAUGGGAUGAAGCAAGGGCAACAAGCUUUACUUUACUCGGCUUGUAGCGUUUCCGUACACAACGGGAAAAAAGGGGUCAAUCGGGCAGACACGGCCCCUAGCCUCCCCCCACACACACCCAUUCUGUACCAUCGUACCAUUUGGUUCGACCGACAGCAGCCGGGGGUACGUCCCAGGAGCUUCGCGUAGAAAUGAUGAAGCAGAAAUAACACAAUUUACCGUCAGCUCUGUGUGUGAGUUUUCCACGAGAAACGGAUCCGGAAGCUGGUAAAUAAGUGGCGCAGUAGUGGCGGCCGUCGUGAAGCUGAUGAGGGAAGUGAAAACGAUUGAGUGUACAGUUCGCACCGGGAAUAGAUCUUUGUAAUGCUGGGAAACAAGUGAGGUGGAAAAUGUGCUCGACAUGCCAGUACAGCGAUUGUUUACCAAUGCUCCGUGAGCGGAAUCGGUGUGACCGAAGUUUGCGAUACGUGAAACAGCAGUGAAACGUUUCGGGACACGGAUUGUGUGGGUGCAUCUGGCGUUCCAGAUGGUUUAGGAUAAUCAGUGCCAGCUCGGUGUUUUGUUCAGUGAAGAUUCCAGAAGAAGAAACUCGUGUUGUGUGAUACAGUAUGCCAUGCUUUUGGCGAAUUCACGAAAUGAUUUCUUUUAUGUAUUAUUUAUCGAAAAAAUGUAAACAAUCGUGAAAUUUCCCAUCAGCUCAGAGCGAGUGUGAAAAUAAUUGAAGUCAUAUCUUGAAAACCCACGCCCAGUUCGUUCCAUUUCAUGACCGUGAAGUACUCAAAACGACAAGGAAUGGUAGAAAGGCAAAUGUUUCCCGUAUGAUUGAGUGCCAGAAACCGGUUGGUAAUUGAAACGCGAUGAGACGAAAAUUUCGCCGAAAGACAAACGUCGGCUUCGCGAGAGACACCGCGACCCGCAAACAAAGCAUCCUAUCAAUGGUUCCAUUCCGCGAGCAAAACUCCACCAACGAGGGCAAUAAAAAUAUCGUAACCAUUUGAAAAAAAGAAGGAGAAGAAGAAAAACAACAGCACAAUCCGGGCCGUCAUAAUUUUCCACAUGAGGCAUCCGAGUCGGAGCGCUACCAGCCAAAAACUGCUGUCUGCCGCAGUUUUCCUCGUUGUCGCCCUGUGCGGAAUUUUACAACCAGUCGAGACACGUGCCCUUCUGCUUUCACCGAGAGACAGCUUGGGAAAUACCGGCCGUGAAGCGAUGAUCUCUAGAGCCAAUAGCAGAAACAACAACAAUAACAACAGCAAUAGCGAUACGGUUCAAACCGUGAACCCCGUGGAGAUGGGACGGAAAUCGGUACAACAGGGCGACAUUCUGGUGGUGAUCCAGCAGCAAUCCCCCACCAGCAUCGAAUCGUACCAGAGAGAAUAUCGAGAUUUCGUUCAGUUAUUCAUCCCCGAUAAACACACCGGCGAGGAUGGUGAUGCUCGUGGCAGAACGGUCCGGUUUCAGCGCUGGAAAGAUAUGGUCAGCUUCGAGCACUGGUUGUCGGAUCCGUCUGUCUCGACGGUGCUCUACACGGCUCACGAUGGAAGUGACAGUUUCAUCGGAUACUGCGACAGCUUAUCGACCCAUCUAUCCGUGCUGUACGGCAAGACGGUACUCUUCUGGCCCUGCCCCCGGAUGAAGAAAACGGAAAAGUUCGUACCAUCCUUCGAGACCGUUUCAUUUGCCGUCAAAAGUAUCUCGCAACAAUUUAAUUGGACCGAAGCAAUUCUGUUCGCAGCAGAUGCCAACUGGGCCCUGCCACUGGCGCUGGCCGCCAACCUUCACAUCCCGUACCGGAUAGUCUCGAGCGGCGACGAGGAUGAAGCUCUGAAGCUGCCCGAGCGGGACGUCAGCGGAAGCGUGAUAAUAGUCUGCUCGUCCAUCAACUCACCGCAAACAAUUAGCGCAAUCAAUCAACUGAAGACACUACGGAGGACAAAGAUUCUGCUGCUCGACACGAUAGGGACAAUCUUCAACAGCGACAACAAACUGUACCGGAGCUUCGUCCGGAACGGGACGCUGGCGAACGGGGAACCGAACCGCAACCUGCUGGUGCUAACGAUUCUGACCGAACAUUUCAAGCUCGUCCUCCAGCGGGAUCACGGAGUGGACCUGACCGAUUAUCGGCACAUCAGCGAAAGGCUGCUGAAAAUUCGACUCGACGAUGUCGGCAGCGAAGAUGAUGAUGAUGAUGAUGACUAUGGAAGAGCGUCGGCAGCUAACCGAACCGGGGUCGACGGGUGGAGGGAGUCGAACGAAAAUCGAACAGCAACCAGGCAGCCGAGACACAGACAAGCGCUGGAACAGCUAAUAAAUUUAACCGCCCUGACCUCAUCCGAGUGCGAUUUUAAUUAUCUUCUAAGCGACGAUAAUGGGUCACAAGAGCUACAGGCUCUUGCCGCGGACCAUUCGCGCUGUCAGACGUUACUCGACAGUUACUGUGAUUUUGACGUUGACGUCGACGACACAAAUUAUCUUAAUUUAUCAUCGUUCGACAACAGUGCUGAGAACUUUAACAGAAGUAGUACACUUAAUAUGAGCAGUUAUUUCGAGCGUGCGACUCGGAAGGAUCGACGAAACAAAGAAAUCGAACAAUUUUGCGCUUUGUUAAACCUCGACAAAAAUCAAUUGGUGCUAGCGGACAAUCAGAAGACAAAAUUCGGUGAUGUUGGUGCUUCCCUAUCUAGCAAACGGUUAAUUUUUAGUGAACACUUUUAUCUGUACGAUUACAUCCUAGCGGUAGUGCACGAUCAGCGUCACACGCACUCACACCAGUAUCGAAAGUUUCAGUUUGAUUUCAUAGUGUUUGAUUUGAAGAACAUCUCCAACCAUCGGACUACAAUAGUGUGGCGGCCAUUUCUGAUUCUGCGGCAGGAUCAGUUGGACCGCCAAAAGUUCAGCAUGCAUCCGGUGCAGCCCGGGUACAGUGAUUGGAUUAUCGAGACGACCAUCGAGUCGUUCUGGAUUUGCGGCUGGUUCUGCUGGAGUGUGAUCGCACUCGCCGUGUUCCUGAUCGUAUCGAUUAUCUUCGCGAGCGUAGUGUUCAGCAUCGCCGUUCGAAAUUAUCUGCUGAAGAACCGGCUCUCCAAAGGACCGAAUAAAAUAGUGCUGUCGCCGUCGGAUUUCGUAUUUCCCGUCGACAUGAGGAGGGUUGACGAGGGUAUCGAGGCUAUGCUGUGCUGUUGGCUCCAGCAGAUACAGGAGUUCGGUGGACCGGAGGUAGAUAAACCGGACCUGCUGAAGGGAUCGAUAGGAUCUCUCAAAAAUCUCGGCCUCCCAGUGCCACCGAAAACCAGCUCGGGCAGUGAGACGCUAGUCCGUCACAAUACAACCAGCGGAACCGCAGUAGAGUUCAAAGCUCGCUACAACGGUGAUUUAGUUCAACUGAAGGAAAUUCCACUCAGCUCCGGGUCAUCGCAGGAACUCAAGACAAAAGCGAUGGAUCUACUCGUGCUGGCGCAUGGACUGCGACAUGAGAAUAUUAAUCCUCUAAUUGGUUGGCUAAACGAACCCACCCGGACGGCACUAGUAUUCGAGCACUGUUCACGGGGCUCACUGCAGGAUGUGCUCGUCAUGGACGAAAUAAAGCUCGACUGGUCCUUUCGGUUGAGCUUGCUGACCGAUCUGGUGCGGGGAAUGCGGUACCUUCACGGAUCACCGAUUCGAGUCCACGGUUCACUAUCUUCUCGGAACUGUGUGGUGGAUGCUCGUUGGGUACUCAAAAUCACCGACUACGGUAUGUCGAACUUUUACGAUGCCCAAGGUAUCACACCGCCACCGAAGAGCGCUAAAGAUCUGCUCUGGACGGCACCGGAGGCACUGCGGGGCACCAAGGGCUAUCCGCGAUUCGGAACUCAGGCAGCCGACGUGUACGCGUUCGGUAUCAUCAUGCAGGAGGUGGUGGUGCGCGGGGAACCGUACUGCAUGUUGUCACUCUCACCGGAGGAAAUUAUAGCCAAAAUCAAAAAACCUCCCCCACUGAUCCGCCCGUCCGUAUCGAAGGGAGCUGCCCCACCGGAGGCAAUCAACAUCAUGCGCCAGUGCUGGGCCGAGAACCCCGAAAUGAGACCGGAUUUCGUAAUGAUUUGCGAACGAUUUAAGCUAUUAAAUCAUGGACGGAAGGUAAACUUCGUUGAUACUAUGUUUCAAAUGUUGGAAAAAUAUUCCAACAACCUGGAGGAGCUGAUACGGGAACGGACCGAGCAGCUCGAUAUGGAACGAAAAAAGACUGAACAACUACUGAACCGGAUGCUUCCAAGUUCCGUGGCAGAUCGACUGAAACUUGGUCUAGCCGUUGAGCCGGAAGAAUUCGCCGAAGUCACAAUCUACUUUAGUGAUAUCGUAGGCUUCACAACGAUAGCCGCCCACUGCACCCCGGUGCAGGUGGUCGAUCUUCUGAAUGACCUGUACACCUGUUUCGAUGCAACGAUAAACGCAUACAACGUGUACAAGGUGGAAACGAUCGGCGACGCGUACAUGGUCGUAGGUGGGCUGCCCGUUCGAACUCCGGACCACGCGGAGCAAAUCGCAACAAUGGCCCUGGAUUUGCUGCAUCAGAGUGGCAACUUCAAAGUACGGCAUCUGCCAGGCGUACCGUUGCAGCUCCGAAUAGGACUACACACAGGUCCAUGCUGUGCCGGUGUCGUCGGACUGACAAUGCCCCGCUACUGUCUGUUUGGCGACACAGUCAACACGGCGUCCCGCAUGGAAUCAACAGGAUCCUCGUGGCGAAUCCACAUGUCCCAGCAAACGUGCAACCUGCUGGAGCAAGCCGGUGGAUACGUGAUAGAACCGCGCGGACCGAUCGAAAUCAAAGGAAAGGGCAAAAUGCACACCUACUGGCUACUGGGGAAGGUUGGCUUCGAUCGGAUUCUACCGACACCGCCACCAAUCGGGGAGUCCCAUGGUUACGACAUCGCCAUCCUGCGGAAAUCUCUCUUCCAGUCGGAGCAGAACAAUCAGCAGCAAGCAACCAACAACAACAACAACAACAGCAACAGUUGCAACGGUUCCACCGCAAACCAUUCGUCCAGUCAUUCACCUUCGGUGGCUGGAGAAUCGAUAGACGUAAAGGUCGAAAUCAUCCCACCCAUGCUGAACGAUAACCCGAUGCUAGCCCCGUCAAUAUCCGUGGAUUCCAACUCGAGCAAUACCAACAACUGCACACUGAAUAUGACUGAGUUCCAGUCGAAAACGGCAACACCCAGUCCACAGGCGAGAAAGCUCUCGGAAAUCGUGUCGGAAACAGCAUUCCUAAGUGCAAACUCUAGCUUCAAUCGGUUGAAUCCGGCUUCACCAGGAACCACUUCAUCGCGAUUGUUCAAGCGGAUCGAAGAACUGAUAGAUUUAAGUUCACCCUACAACUACUAUCGCUGUCUGAGCCCCAGUGAGAAUAAUCUUGCCCAGUGCGUAGAUAAUCGAUUUCAUGGCUACCAGAUAAAUCGACCGGACUGCCCCAGUAAGCCCGGUUCCACACGGUUUCUUCGUCGACAGUUCAGCCUCGAUAAGGACGACGUGGGGUCAUCGAUGACAGCCAGUCAAAAACCCACACUGGAUACGGUUUCCUCCAUUUCUGUUGAUCGCGAGCAACUAGCCCGCAUGGGAACACUGACAUCGAUCCCGUCCAUCAGCUCUACCACUUCAGUUACGCACUCAUCCAAACAGCAACGGGGCAUCCACAAGCAACACUCGGCCAGUGUGGCGCAGGAUCUGGAAAAAAUCGAGGAAAUUCCAUCCACGAAUCUUCCCCAGACCUUCCUGAUGAAUCACAAUGCAAGCAGCACCAGUACCUCCAGUCUCCAUUCCGACCUCAACGAUAAGGCCAGGACGCGCUCGGCGGGCCAUAACGGUAAGGAACUGUGCCUCAGUAUCGAGGCCCUCGGGUUGAGGUGAGCACAAAUGAACAGAAUCUACGACAGUUCGGAGCGAUAGAAUCGGAUUCCAGCUGUGCAAACAUUCGAACUAUGAAUUCAGGGAAACAUAAAUCCAAUCAAAUCGAAUGAUGAAAUCAAGUCUGACUGUUAGGACGAUUGCCACCCUCCAACGCGACUGCAAUCGAUUGGUGGAAAAUUAUUCUCUAGAAUAUUUAUAGCUACCACGGAAGUAGUAAUUUUUUAAUUGAGUUUUUAUAACUAAGUGUGACGUGGGAGCGGAGCGGUUCACGAAACACGCAUUGGACAGCUGAAAACAUACUAAAUCUGCCGGCAGUUGCUACCGUGUCUGUCUGUCUGUCCACUGAACCAUAUUGAAAGCAAUGAAUGAGAAAAAGUUAUCAGCUUGGAAAUUAAUCUGAAACCAUUUUCAGCAUUACACCGGGCAACGGCUACCAAUUGAGCGAACUUCUCUAUGUACGAGUGAAAACUGUACGUGAAACGUAAAAAUAAUCAAUUCAUUCAUCCAUUCGAUUGCUUCGUUCCAUACCCCUGGUUUGUUUAUAAACUUACAAUUGGAAUUUAUUUUAUUUUCUGCACCACUCAGAAUAUCCUAAAUGGAAAGAGUAGAACGCUGCUUUUAUACUUAAUGGGAUCGAGGGAACAAAAACAACUGCACCCGGACUCGAUUCGUUUCGGAGCCGGUCGUUGCACUUCAGCUGAAAUCAAUUCACAAAAUUUAAAAAAAAAUCAAUUCCAAUUCGAUUCCGGCAAGGUUUGGUUAGGUGAUUAAAAACAUCAAAUAAAAUAGGGUCGUUCUGGUGCAGGAUGUGUUUGUGUGCGUUUCGAAACAAAAUGUUGAUAGAUUUGAGAGUUGGAAAUGUCGGCCCGUCAAAGGAAAAAUAAAGUGACUGAAAAUAUCAUGAAUGAAGAUUCAAACUUUCGACUGAGUCAGUGCUUUAGAAGUUGACAUUAUUAUUGCAAUAUUAUCAUUCUUUUUCAUCUUAGAGUAGAUGGAAUCAUCCCCUUCAAACUGCAAAAACUUUCAUGGCACCUACCUGUGUUCGAUUCUCUACGGAAUCGAAAAUUGUUUUUUAAUUUAAUAAUCUAAUUUUGAAUGGAAACUGCAACCAAAAAGUGUUGAAACUCGCGAGGCCAAAAAGUGAAAAUCGGAAGGAGCCAAAUCUGGUGAGUAAACCGCGUCCGGUAGAACUUUCCAGCAAAUCUCUAACCUAUUUACAGUAUGUGAUAAAGCCUUCUCUCUCUCUCUCUUACUUUCUAAUCUGAUUUGCUAGGGGUGAAUUGUUCACUGAGGAUGAACUGAUGUACUGAUUUUGGUAGUUGACAUUGAUCUAUGAUACUUUUGCAACGACGAAACACCACAUUCAAAAUCUUAGCAGUUUUUACAGGAAACAUCAUACAAUAAUUUUUCAAUAAUUUUUUGAUUCAAUCCUAUCAAAUUUUCACUCUACUCAUAUCUUCAUCCGUGCAGCAUAAUCUUAAACUUUUAAGCGCUUUUUGGCAGUAUUAUUUGGAUGGAUUUAAGAGAAAUUAAUUUCGUUUCUAACAUAUUUCGUUGUUGUAAAGAUUCCAUAGUGUCUUGCUUAAAACAAAGCUAAGUUUUCAUUCUUUUUGAAAUUGCGAUAUUAUAGAGUUUUUAACCUCAUAAUAAUUCCCAUUUCUGUUCAGCAAAAUUCAAAUUGCAAAUGUUUGGAUGCGUGAAAAGUUCAUCACUACGAUAAGACAAGGUUGUAUGGAUGUUCUUUAAAAACUAUGCAAAAUUUGAAACACCAUGUAAGAAUAAAUAAUCGAAGAAUAAUAAGAAAUAUCAGAAAAGGAAAAAAAUAAAGUUAGUAAUGUUUCCAAACGAAAAUUUGAAUCAUCCAUAUCUUCUAAACGUCGUCCUAUUCAUCGACAUAGUUUGCUUCAAGAGCUACAUAAUCAGUCCAACAAUCCCCGGCGAACGAUCACAAUUAGGUUGAAGCCAGGGAAAGAUAAACGACAUAAAAAAAAACUAGUAGAACCCCUCCUAUAACAUUUCAUACUUGUCUUGUACAUCGAUUUAUCUCUUUCCUCUAAAUAAGCGAUGAGAGUAGAAGCAUUAUUUUGAGGCCUGUAAACAAGUAGUAGUCACUGGGGGCAAAGUCCCAUGAAUACGAAAGGGUGCGGUAGCAAUCCCAGGCCCAAUUCAGGCAAUAGUAACAUACGACUUCUGGCACGGAACAUUAUCUAGGAAAACUUUUUUCUUACCUUUUUCACCAUAACCUUACAUUCCACAUUAUCCUUUCAGUGGUCUGAAACUCAGUUGACGUCCGCUUUGACUCCGGAGUGUAGGUUCUGGUCACCACUGUCACAUUUCGUUGCAAAAAUCCGAUUUAUCGUGGCGAAACAGCUGCAAACAACGCUGGGGAUCAAAGAAGCGUUGUCGUUUUUGGUCCAACAGAUCGGUCAUCGUGUUCAUGCAAAAUAACACAUCAUUCAAUAAGUCGUUUGACUAACACACAGAUGGCGCCAUUACUGUCAAAUCCAUAUGACAUUUAUGAAGUGCCUUUCAAAAGACUGUGUGAAAUUUCAUGCAAUUUCGAUUAGUCAGAAAAAAGCUCCAUCCUAAAUGGAGUGAAGUUACUUUUGUCAUUUUUUUAGAACAAUGGAUUCAAAACAAUUUCGAAAAAUAUUCAUUUAUCAUUACUUCUUGAUGAAAACAAUACAGUACAAGCUCAGGAAUGGUUUCAAAAGUGAUAACCAUUUGUUGUUGGUUUGCUGAAUUUAAACGUGGUCGUACAGACACCGAUAAUGGAUCUGGUUUUGGAACGUUCUGGUAGUACGAUUUAGACUUCAUAAAAUAUUUAUAAAGAACUCUACAAAUUGGUUAUACCUAAUCGUAAAUUGAAUAAUAUGAGAAGGCAGUGUACGAUUUACAAUUAUACAUGAACAUUUAACCAUAAGAAAACUAUUUUUAAAGUAGGUACCGAGUUUACUCACCGUCGAUUUAAAACAACAACGUGUUGAUGAUUCAAAGCAGUGUUUGGCCACGCUAACAAGUAAGAAAUCAUACUUUUGCGUCGAUAUGUGACAAUGGCUGAAACAUGGUUCUAUCAUAUCACUUUGGAAUUGAAACAAUCAUCAUCUGAGUAAAAAAUAAGGCACAACAGUCAGCUAUGGCCUGUGUAUUUUAGGAUACAAAUCCUGGGUAGAAGUGAUAUGCGAACCAAUAGCAAACUUUAUUAUUAAAAAAAAUUACUCAAUGGUAAAAAUUAGCAUUAUUUUCUUUGAAAUAAGAGCUGAAAUAACAACAAAGUAGCGAAUACUGUCAUUGUAAUAUCCAACCAAGAGUAAAAUAAUAAUAAAAGAAUUAAAGCUGUUUAUGAAAUUUCUUUUUUUCUGAAGAUGGAACUAUUAGAUCAGUUGUAUCAGUUGUAAAGAAUACAAUUGAAAUAUUUCAUCCAUAUGAGAUACAAUAACUAAUAUAAAUGAUAACAGAUUAUUAAACUAUUUUUUGUUCCGAUUAUUGAGGUUUCAACCUUAAGGUCAUUCGCCUCUUCUGGUCAGAAAAGCUUUCUGACCCUAUGUGCUGGGAGGGGAUCGAACCCAGGUGGGCUGCGUGAAAGGCAUCGACUAACCCAUCACGCUAUACCCGUACCCCCUUUAUCAUACUCUUUAGUGAUCCUUUUAAUGAAAUAUCAAGAAAAUUGCAAAUAGUCAUGAUGUUAUGAUAAAAUUUGCUGUUACUUUGGUCUUUGUUUGCUAUUUACAUCUUCUCGGGAUGGUAUAAUCUUCAUCGAAUAUCAUGAGAAUGGAAAUACAAUCAAUAGUGAAUACGGUAUGUAGUAUUGUUUGAAUGCUAUCAAAAUAAAAAAAAACGACUUCUUAUGUCAAUCAAAAUACCACUGUUUUACCAAGACAUUGCACCGAUUUACAAGCUGAUGGAAACGUUGGUUAAAUUGAUAAAUUACUUCCUCAUUCUCCAUAUAGUCCAGAUAUGGCCCCCAUUGACUACUGGAUUUUGGCUGAUCUAAAAGAAAUGCUCGUCGGUAAAAAAUUAAACUUUAAUGAAGAAGCAAUUUCUGAAUUUAAAGCCUCUUUUGAGGCGAAAGACAGCCUUCUACAAGUACAGCAUCCAAAAAUUAGAAAAGCAUCGGAAUGAUUGUAUUGCUCUUGCAGGAGAUUACAUUGAUGAAUAAAAACGAUUUUUGGCAAGAAUAAAGUGUACACACUGUCGUAUGAUACGUUUGAGACGUCAGUUAUUACACGCAAUUUUGAUUUUUCGGUUUUCAAGAACGAUUUGUGGACUUUGUGCACGGUUUCCGACUUAAUUACCUCAUUUGGCCGGCCGCAGCGUUCAACAUUUUCAGUACCAGUACGACCAGUACAACCAGUACAAUCAGUUUUCUCAGUGUUUAUUUUUUUAAUUUUCUCCAACUCCAGCUUUGCUUUAAAUAAUUUUGAGAUAUUUUCGAAGCUUCGGCUUUAUAAUUGCACAGAACUUUUCAAUUGGGAGAAGUUGCAAAGAAUUUGAUGAUUUUUUACACAAAAUUGACUCCGUUGUCAUGGCACCGCUCCAACACUUUUCGAUCGCAGUAGCAGGAUGCUAAAUUGGACAAAAGUAGAGUUGAUUAAGAUCAGGCCAAAACAGAGUGCUUCCUUAUGAAUGACAAGAAAUGCUUUCAAAGGGGGUCAGCUAGUGUAUCAAAUAAAACAAAAUCGGUUUUUCUUAUUUUUUUCAUAAAUAACGUCUAAAAUAUGUAUAGAAGACGUAAGCCAAAGCCAAAAUUUUAUGCGGUUGAAAAAAGAAAUGCACUAGAAUACGUGCCGUUAUACGGAACGUGCUUAGCCCACUUAUCUUUCGAACGGGUUAUUUGCCUUUCUCAUAUAGAAAGGUUAUGCAAUCACUGUGAAAACCGACUUUUGAACCGAGGCCCGGAGGGCCGAGUGUCAUAUACCAUUCGACUCAGUUCGACGGUAUCA